AAAUAUUAAAAAAAUAUGAUUAUAGAAAAUAAUAAUUUUCAAAUUCCAAAUGAAUUUAAUGAAGAUUUUUUUAAUAUAAUUCUUCAAAAUGCAAUAAAAAUCCCAAAUAAAUCAACAAUAAUUAAUAAAGUUUCAAUAACAAUGGGUAGUAGUGGUGGUGAAAAUUAUAUGAGUAAAAUAUAUCGUGCUAAAAUCGAUUUUAAUUAUUAUAAUUCGAAAAAUAAUUCGAAAUCAAAUGAAAUAAUUUCAAUUAUUAUAAAACAUAUGCCAGAUUUAGUUAAAGCAACAUUUUUACAAAGAUUUUAUUCAAAUGAAAUUGAAAUUUAUACAAAAAUCUUACCAAUAAUGGAAAGUUUUUUUAUUGGAGAAAAUAUAAAAUUUGGUCCAAAAUAUUAUUGCCGAUUUGAUCAUGAGAUUCCAACAAUUGUAAUGGAAGAUUUAGGAUCAUUAAAUUAUAAUGUUACUGACCGUUUAAUCGGAAUGAAUGACAUUCAAACACAAAUUGUAUUGAAAAAAAUUGCAUAUUUUCAUGGUGCUUCAAUGGUUCUAGCUGAAAAGGGAAUAUUUGAUAAUUUUAAAUAUUAUAUUUAUCAAAAAAAUAAAGACGGAGAAAUUGUUGAGGAACGUCAAAAGAUACGUGAUCGUAUUUUUCAUGGUAAUAUUAAACAUGUUAUACAAGAAUUUGAAAAAUUCCCAGAAUUUCAACCAAUAAUGGAAAAAUUAAAGAAAUUAACAGUAGAUGAAUUAUAUAAUUUAAUUGAUAAAAUAAUUGAAAGACCAAAUAUUAUAAAAGUAUUAAAUCAUGGUGAUAUGUGGGUAAAUAAUGUCCUUAUCAGAAAUGAAAAUGAAAAUGAAUUGGCUGAUGCAGUUUUUGUUGAUUUUCAAUUAUCAUAUUAUGGAUCAUUAGGAUUAGAUUUACAAUAUUUCUUUAAUACAAGUCUUAAAAUCGAAGAGCAUCGUAAUCGUGAUGAAUUAAUAAAAAUUUAUCAUAAAAAUUUAGAAAAAACUUUAAAAAAUCUUAAUUAUAAUGGUGUUAUACCAACAUUAGAUUAUAUACAAAAUGAAAUUAAUGAAUGUGAAUUUAUUGGUUUUAUGGCAGCUCAAACAAUAUUAUUGGUUAUAUCAAUUGAUCGAGAUGAAUCCAAAGAUAAUUCAUAUGAAACAUUUUUAGAUAAAGAUAAAAUUUUAAGGCAAUUAAAAAAUGUUUUAACAAAAAAUGAUAAAGUUAUUGAAAUUUUAAAGACAACAAUUAAACGUUGUGAUAAUUUAAAAGUUUUUGAUAAUUUUAAAUAAAUUUUAUAUAUAAGUUUUUGGCUGUUGUAAAUCUUAUACUCUUUAUUAUUAUAUUAUAACUAAUAUAUAGCAAUUAUAUCGGGAAAUAUUCUAUAUUUUUAUAUAGAUUAAU